CCGGCAUUCUUUCUUUAGCUGUGAACACAGAGAAGACAGAGAAACUAAAAUGGCCAGAACCAAGCAGACCGCCCGUAAAUCCACCGGAGGAAAAGCUCCCAGGAAGCAGCUGGCCACCAAGGCUGCCCGUAAGAGCGCCCCGGCCACCGGCGGAGUGAAGAAGCCUCACCGUUACAGGCCCGGUACCGUGGCUCUGAGGGAGAUCCGUCGCUACCAGAAGUCCACCGAGCUGCUCAUCCGCAAGCUGCCCUUCCAGCGCCUGGUGAGGGAGAUCGCUCAGGACUUCAAGACCGACCUGCGCUUCCAGAGCUCCGCCGUCAUGGCUCUGCAGGAGGCCAGCGAGGCUUACCUGGUCGGCCUGUUCGAGGACACCAACCUGUGCGCCAUCCACGCCAAGAGGGUCACCAUCAUGCCCAAAGACAUCCAGCUGGCCCGCCGCAUCCGCGGAGAGAGGGCUUAAACUCACUCAGCACCACAACACACUCACAAAAAGGCUCUUUUAAGAGCCACA